AAGGCACAUAACCUACCCGCCCGAGUUGAACCCAAAACGCAAUCCUUCACGGUGUCAGUCUGUUGCGAACUCUCGCGCCACGCGUGCCUCCAACUCCGUCCAAUCGUCCGGCCGAUUUUUUACUGUUUUUGUGAUCUUAACCAUCCAUUCAUCAGUGCAGCCACCCAGCUAAGCUCUCGCAUAAUCCACAAAUCGCAACAAUAAAAAGCUGAUCAGGUGACAGUGAGAUCGCGAUCUCGAUCGAUCACCCUUAGCGCAGCAGGCCUCCUUCCGGUUACAGACCAUCGCGCCGUCAUCGCCUACCCAGCAAAGCCAACCAACCUUCAUCCGCCGCAGUCAUGGGCAACGCUUGCUCGGAUACCUCAAAAAUCCAGUCGCCGGUACCCAGUGGUAGAUACCAGCCUGAGAGCGUCGUCAGUGGAAAAACUCACACCACAGCAGGCGGCGGCGGCCAGUACCGAAACGGUCACCGUGCCGCUCCGAACUCGGCAGUCUGUAGCGAACUGUCAAGCGGCAAGGAAGCAACCCUCCUGAACAACAAAUCUCCGGCAACGGGUACUCCCAACUACAGCACCAUGGCAAGUAGCGAUCGUCUCGGCCAGUGGCCCGCGGAAUCCGACGGCGAAGUGGCCGGAGAGGUGACCGGAUUCGCACGACUCCGCAACGGACGCUUCAAUAAGGGUCUUGCGUUUUCGAUCGAAGAGCGCCAAGCUUUGGGAAUCCAUGGCUUGCUGCCAGCCAUUGUCCGCAGUGAAGAGGAACAGGUUCAGCAUUGUCUGACUUUGCUGAAUCGAUACGAGAAUGACCUGGACAAGUACAUCUACCUGGUUGGGCUGAUGGACCGUAACGAGCGGUUGUUCUACAAGGUGCUCGGAUCGGACAUUGGCAACAUGAUGCCGCUGGUCUACACGCCGACCGUGGGACUGGCCUGCCAGAAGUUCAGCAUGAUCUACCAGCAGCCGAAGGGCAUGUACAUCACGAUCAACGACAAGGGCCACGUGUACGACGUGCUGAAGAACUGGCCCGAGAAGGACGUGCGCGCCAUUUGCGUGACCGACGGUGAACGUAUCCUGGGAUUGGGAGAUUUGGGCGCCAACGGCAUGGGGAUCCCGGUAGGAAAGCUGGCUCUUUACACGGCCCUGGCAGGAAUCAAGCCGCAUCAGUGCUUGCCGGUCACGCUGGACGUGGGAACCAACACUCAGAGCAUUCUGGACGAUCCGCUGUACGUGGGUCUGCGCCACAAGCGCAUCACCGGUGACGCGUACGACGAGUUUAUCGAUGAGUUCAUGGAGGCUGCCGUCCGUCGGUUCGGCCGCAAUUGCCUGAUCCAGUUCGAGGACUUUGGCAACUCGAACGCGUUCCGCUUCUUGGACAAAUAUCGGGACAACUACUGUACUUUUAACGACGAUAUUCAGGGCACUGCAUCGGUCGCCGUUGCAGGUCUGUUUGCUUCGCUGCGGGUCACCAAGACCAAGCUUAGCGAGAACAAGGUCGUGUUCCAGGGUGCCGGCGAGGCCGCACUCGGAAUUGCUGAACUGUGCGUGAUGGCCAUGCGCAAGGAAGGCAUCAGCGAGCAGGAAGCUCGCCAGCGAAUCUGGCUUGUUGAUAGCAAGGGUAAUGUCAUCUUUGUUCUUGUCGUGUACUUCAUAAGCUUACAAGGUUGUUUAUUUCCCGCAGGUUUGAUCGUCAAGGACCGCCCGAAGGGUGGAAUUUCCGGCCACAAGCACCGCUUCGCGCACGAGCACGCCCCCAUCGAUACGCUGGCCGAGGCGGUCAAGGAGCUGAAGCCGACGGUCAUCAUCGGAGCCGCUGCCAUUGCAGGUGCCUUCACCCCCGAAAUCAUCCGCUCGAUGGCCGAGUUCAACGAGCGCCCCAUCAUCUUUGCCCUGUCGAACCCAACCAGCAAGGCCGAAUGUACCGCCGAGCAGGCGUACGAGCACACCGACGGACGGUGCGUGUUCGCGUCCGGUUCCCCCUUCCCGCCCGUCACCUACAAGGGCAAGACGUACCACCCGGGCCAGGGCAACAACUCGUACAUCUUCCCGGGUGUGGCGCUCGGAGUGAUCUGCGCCGGGGCGGCCACCAUCCCCGAGGAGAUGUUCCUCAUUUCGGCCCAACGGUUGGCCGAGAUCGUCACCGACGAGGACCUGGAACGGGGCAGCCUCUACCCGCCGCUCGAGCUCAUCCAGGACUGCUCGAUUAAGAUUGCCGUCCGCGUCAUGGAGUACGCGUACGCGAACGGACUGGCCUGCACCAAGCCGGAACCGAGCGACAAGGAAGCGUUUAUCCGCGCGCAAAUGUACGACCUGGGCUACAAGUCGGCCCUGCCCGCUAUCUACCCGUGGCCCAAGCUGUAAAGCGCGAUGAGAACCCCUCAUCAAAUGUAUAUUUUUUGUUCAUUUCGUACGUUCUUCGUAUUUGCUUAGCAAGAUAAAAUCACGCGGGUUUUUCGUUUCUAAUUAGGCUCAAUUAUUUCAAAAAACUAAACUAAACGAUGAUGUGUACAUUAUUUUGCUGUUUUGUUUUAUACUGUUUAGUUGUUUAUUUAAGUUGAAGUGAUUUCGAGCAACCACGCUCACUAUUUGUUUUCCAUCUAUGUUGUGUAUUAUUGUCCUUGCUUAUUUACAAACAAACAACGUAAAAAACUCAUCAUUUGUGUAUGUACCUUCCGGUGCGCGUCACUUUCAUGCAACACACAAAAUACUUUUUAACAAAAAUUGUAAUUUAUUCGAACCACCACAAUAUAUAAAUAACUAAUAAGUCAAUGUUGAUACAUAAAUGGUAAGAUAUCUGAUCAACAGUUAGCUGAUUUAUGGUACUACAAAAAUAUAUGAAUAUAUGUGUAAGUGGCUAUCAAGUUGGUAAA